AUGGUCGCCGACGCUCUCGCCUACCACCCCACCGUCGCGCACUACCUGCGCUUCGUCGCUACCACCGUCGGCCGCGACAAGCUCCUCCGCACGAUCCAAUACUUUGCCCGCUUCUACGCUUGGUAUCUCCUGCGCACCAACGCCACAAAGGCCCAGAUCGCCCCCUGGGACGUCACCAAGAAGCAGUUUGGCCUGACGCGCAAGAUCCUCCGCGUCGGCAAGAACGUCGAGCACUUCAAGGCCGCUGUCGUCGCCGCCGAUACCAAGGCCUUCGACUCGUUCCUCCGCUACGCCGCCAUCGGCAGACAGAUCGGCUACGCGGGUUACUUGACGUUUGACUCGGCUGCGCUGCCGGAUGCCGCGGGCAUCAAGAAGUGGGAGAAGGCGAAGACGCUGCAGGCAUAUGGGUACAGGUUCUGGGCCAUGGGCCUGGUCUUCAGCAUCUCGGCUCAGUUGUACACGUUGUAUCAGCUGAAGCAGCGGGAGGCCAAGAUUGACCGCAAGGAUGGUGAGGGCGUUGUUGAGAGCAAGCGCAUUACCCUUGAGCGAUCUGCUAGCCAGCUUCAAAUCAUUUCAGAUCUCUGCGAUCUUACUGUUCCCUCCUCUGCUCUCGGCUGGGCUGGUUUCGAUGACGGCUUCGUUGGUCUCGCCGGUACAUUGAGCAGUUUGAUCGGCAUGUACUCUCAAUGGAAGAAGACUGCGUAA